UGAUUAGUUGAGUUUCCAAAAAACAAAAAAAAAAAAAAAUCAAAUUGGAAUAUAGAUUAUUCAAAAAUCAACAUCAUGUAUAAUAUUAUUGUUUAAUUACAUUUAUGUUAUUUUAAAAUAAAUAUAACUUUCGUAUGCUGAAAUUAUGCCAAACACACGUCCGUUAAUACUCAAAAUACACUUUAUAGAAUAAUUAGUUAAUAAUUUAGAUAGGUAUAAUUUAUUAAGUAUAAGAGAUGGAUCAUUGUAAAGAUUUUAUUAAAACCGAAUUCCCCUCUAUUGAUAUAGAGAUGUUUCAAUAUAUAGAAGGUGUUCUACAAAAUGGAAUUGAAGAUUUCCAUGAUUCUGAAGAUAUAUUUGAAGCAAUUGGUGAAGUAUUACAGGAAAUAGCAAAUAAGUCCGAAUCAGAUAUCAGAGGAAUCUGUUCAAAAUUAUUAAAUUUUAUGCGACCUCAUUCUGAUGACAAUGUAAUAAGAAAUGGUCAUACAAAAAUUCUGAAUGCUCCAGUGCAUUUAGCUUCAAUGGCAGCAGAUCUGGAAGAUAACGAUAUGGAAAUCAAAAGUAUAUGGGUUAAUUCAAGAGACGAUAGUCUGAAAGUGGAUAAAAAAAAACUGGAAAAAGCUCAAGCAAAAUUGCAACAAAAACAAGAUAAACGGACUGAGCAAGUUAUCAAAGGUGUAGGAACUAUGAGUGUAGUAAAUAGUAAAAUGGAUGCUGCAACUGCUUCACAAGUAACAAGUAAAAAGGAAGCAAAACUGGAAGCUAAAGGAAAUAAUCGAGCUCAAGAUAUAAGGAUAGAAAAUUUUGAUGUUGCUUAUGGAGACAGAAUAUUACUUCAGAAUACAGAUGUAACUUUAGCAUGUGGUAGAAGAUACGGUUUAGUUGGAAGAAAUGGUCUUGGGAAGACUACACUAUUAAGAAUGAUUUCAGGUGGUCAGUUGCGAAUCCCAUCUCAUAUAUCAAUAUUACAUGUUGAACAAGAAGUUGUUGGUGAUGAUACACCUGCUUUAGAAUCUGUACUGCAGUGUGAUUUUGUUCGACAUCGUUUGUUAACUAGAGAAAAAGAAAUUAAUACAUUGAUUGCUAAUGGGUCUACGUCUAGUGCUGAAUUAUCUUCUGAAUUAAGCGAAAUAUAUAUGCAAUUAAGUGCCAUAGAAGCUGAUAAGGCCCCAGCUCGUGCAAGUGUUAUACUUGAUGGUUUGGGUUUUAACCCAGAUAUGCAAAAAAAAGCAACUAAACAUUUUUCUGGAGGAUGGCGUAUGCGUUUAGCUCUUGCAAGAGCACUUUUUUCAAAACCAGAUUUGUUAUUACUGGAUGAACCUACGAACAUGUUGGAUAUGAAAGCAAUUAUAUGGUUAGAAAAUUAUUUACAAACUUGGCAAAGUACAUUAUUAGUAGUAUCUCACGAUCGUCAUUUCUUAGACACCGUACCCACUGAUAUAUUACAUCUACAUUCACAGCGCAUUGAUACGUACCGAGGUAAUUAUGAAAUUUUUGAAAAAACCAAAAAUGAGAAACUUAAAAACCAACAACGAGAAAUUGAAGCACAAAAUGCUCAUAGAGCUCAUGUUCAAGAGUUUAUUGAUAGAUUUAGGUACAAUGCUAAUCGUGCUUCUAGUGUUCAGAGUAAAAUUAAAAUGCUUGAAAAAUUACCUGAAUUAAAAGCUAUUGAGAAAGAAGUAGAAGUUGUAUUACGAUUUCCAGAAACAGAAGGAUUGUCACCUCCCAUAUUACAACUUAAUGAGAUUUCAUUUGCAUAUCCCGGUUGUAAUAAUGUUCUGCAAAAUGUUAACCUUGGAGCUACAUUAGAAUCUAGAAUUUGUAUUGUGGGUGAUAAUGGAGCAGGUAAAACGACAUUAUUGAAAAUUAUUAUGGGCAUUUUAAAUCCUACAGCCGGUGUUAGAAAUGUACAUCGAAGUUUGAAGUUUGGUUACUUCAGUCAGCAUCAUGUUGACCAACUAGAAAUGAAUCUUUCUUCUGUUGAACUAUUACAAUCUUCCUUUCCAGGUAAAUCCAUUGAAGAAUAUAGACGUCAAUUAGGUGGUUUUGGUAUAUCAGGUGAUUUGGCAUUACAAAGUGUUGGUAGUUUAUCUGGAGGUCAGAAAUCGAGAGUAGCUUUUGCAAGAAUGUGCAUGUCCAAUCCAAAUUUUCUAGUACUUGACGAACCUACCAAUCAUUUAGAUAUUGAAACAAUUGAAGCUUUAGGCAAAGCUAUACAAAAAUAUACAGGCGGUUUAAUACUUGUAUCUCACGACGAACGCUUAAUACGUAUGGUUUGUAAAGAACUAUGGGUUUGCGGUGGUGGAAGUGUUAAGAGCAUUGAAGGUGGUUUCAAUGAGUACAGAGCCAUCGUAGAACGUGAACUUGCAGAAGCAGCCAAGUAGACACCAUUGACCAUCCUGUGUAUCUAAAAUAAUAAUUUUUAUAUAUGUAUUAUUGUUUCCUUGUUGGCAUUUAUUAGGAAUUUUACCACAAUUGUAUGUACAUUGCUCUGUUAUUAUAAAUAUCAUAAGUUAACAAUUUUCAUAACAAAGUAUGAGUAUGAAUUGUAUUUACAUACAAUUUUGUGAUGAUUUGUUAUCAGCCAUUAUCAAUACACAUAUAAUAUA